CUGCUGCACAUGUCAGUGUUCUCUCAACGGUUUUCCCCAUGUGGACGUUUGGCGGCGGGAAACAACUACGGGGAGAUCGCCAUCUUCAGUUUGUGCGCAGCUUUGAGCCCUGAUGCGUCGGAGGCGGGUCGGAAGCCCUUGUUUACGUUUCCAGCUCACGACGGUCCCGUGUCGUGUCUGGAGUCGUUCGGUGGCCAUCUGCUGAGUGCCGGGGACGGGGUCGGUCAGCGCUUGGAAUUGGCCGAGCUCAUCAAGAAGAAUGUUAAAGUUGUGUGGACAAAGAGACCGGAAUACAAAGCCAACAUGGAGAUCCCAGAGAUCAACGCCAUGGCGGUCAACCCCGAGUGAGACAACAGCGUGGUGUUUGGUGGCGGUGACAAUAACGUUCACGUCCUGGAUCUUGAGCCGGCCGUCUUUAAGGCCGUCUUCCGAGGACACUCGGACUACGUCCACUGUUUGAGUGUGAGAGAGCGCGAGGGUGAGGUUCUCUCGGGCAGCGAAGAUGGCGCCGUCAGGAUGUGGGACAGCAGGACAUCUCAGCGGUUCACUGUCGUGGAGGUGCACAAGUACCAGAAAUGUGCCCGCCCUCUUGGCAAGUGGAUCAGCUGUUUGACCACCGAUUCGGAUUGGAUGCUGUGCGGCGGCGGUCCGUCCCUUUCCCUGUGGCACCUUCGCUCCCUGACGCCCACGUCCGUCUUCGCGCUGAGCGGCUGCCAGAGACAAGCCAGCUUCUACCAGGACAUGAUUCUGGCAGUGGGCCAAGGUCCCACCGUGUCCCACUGCCUGCUGGGGGGACAGGUCAAGGCUCAGAUCCCGUGCACGCCCAACAACGUCAACAGCCUGGAGCUCAACACCAACAGCGCCGAACACCAGGUCUUGACGGUGGCAGGAAGCAGCCAAUUUGUGGACGUGUUCACCAACGUGUCCUACAGAGCCUUUUCGCUACACUUUUGAUGCACAACACUUUUUUUGCCCCUUUUUUUAAUGAUGUGAAUAAAAUGUCCUCAUAUGUGGUCUU